AUCUGGGAGCCAAGUGUGUGUGAGAGAAUCACUGAUGUUUCGAAGCAACACCCCGUACCCCACUGAUCGCAUUGCUGUCCUUGGCGGAGAAGCUCUGUUCUGCGUGCAGCCGGAGGACUCAAAGCUGAACUAUUUACAACAGCCACAGGAUAUCAAAGGAUCUGAUUUUGUGCUUUUCAUUCCUUAUUCUGUAAAAAGUUUCUGAUUACUUUUAGCACCGUCACAAGCCCAGCCGUCGUUCUCUGCCUUUUACCGGGCUGGUGAUCCAAUCCUAAUCUACUUCGAUUCAUCAUCUGUACUGAGCACGCUGAGACAGCCAGUAAAAAUGGGAGCCAGUGGACUUUGUGUUGAUGGAAAUCCUGCUGGCUUCCUGGACAGUAAAAGCACAAGCUGUACUCGGAUUUUUGCCAACCUGAGCAAGAGCUGCAUUACUGACCCUGCCCUGGAUGCUGCCUCCUACUACCGUGACUUCAGUGUGCUGAGGGCCCCAGUUAAUGACACUGUUGUGCAGUCCAUGAAGGUCCAGGUCACAGCGGUCGCCCCACCUGGAGCUCCCCACAUGAGAGACAACACAUGCAACAACGUUGUUUCAGAGGUGGUGUAUGAGAUCGAAUUCAGUGGCACACACGGGAUUCGGAGUGUUUCUGUCCGCUUCAAAGUGAGCAACAUUUCUGGGAGCUCAGGAUCCUCUCUGCAGCAGCACUUCACGUUGCACUUCUGGACCAGGACUCUUCCUCAUACGCUGCCUCGAAGUGGAAACCCUGGCUAUAUGACCGGAGCACCACUGCUGAUGGCAAACAGCGGUGCCGUGCAGCAUCUGAGCAUUUUACGGAGCGAAGGUGAUGGAACUUGCUCACAGUUCCUCAGACACACAGUACAAUUUGGAAGAAAUAUGAGGACAGGCUGCAGGCUCAGCCUAUCCCCAGUACUGGGCAGAAGUAACUGCAGCUACAUCCAGCAGAAGUUAUACAAGGCUCUUCAGGGGGUGAAGAGAGCAGAGGCCCUUGCUGCAACCGGCAGUGCUCGUUCAGACCAGGCAGAAGAGUGGAUGGACAUUCUGGUGCAGGACUGCAGUGGGCAGGCUGUGAACUGCACUUCCUGUUGCGUGGUUCCUGUGACGCUGGAGAUCCAGAUAGUUUGGACGAAGCUGGGCCUCCUCUCCAACCCACAAGCUCAGAUACUGGGUGCACGGUACUUCUAUCAGUGUCACCCCCUGAAGCUCCCGAGUGUGGGCCCCGUUCCUUUGACAACCGUCGUCACAUUCGCGGACAUGACAGUGUGGCCAGAACCGCCGCGAGGCCAGCCCCAGAGGCACUGGAAACUCCCAUUUGACAUCUUCUUCCCCUUCAAGGUGGCGCUGAAUUUGGACAGCAGUUACAGAGCUGAUCUGGCUGCCUGCUUGCUGUUGAUCCUACUCCUGUCUAGUAUUCUCUGCUUUUGA